AUGACAACCUCACCAACCUCCCCCCACCGUCCCCGCCGCGAAUCCCGCUUCACAGAAGGUAGCGAAACCACCUUCCCACCCAGCAGCAGCAGUCCCGGCGCCACCCCACCGACCAACGAUGACCACCUCCUGUUCACGAUCCUCUCUGAAAUGGACGAGCACGAGCGGCGGCGGCGGCGCCGCCAGCGCGGAAACUCGAACUCGUCUGUGGAAUCGUUCGCUAGUAUCGAGAGUCCGAGUUCGAGUAAAGAACGAGAGGGGAGGAGACGGAGUGUGGUGUUUGCGAGGGAGGAGAGUAGUGGAAGUGUUGGGGGAAGUGGGAUGGGCGGAAGGAGGAGUUUGGAUGAGAGGCCCAGGGAGAGGGAGGGGAUUAAGGGGUUGGUUAAGGGGCGGUUGAGGGCGUUGACUACUGGGGAGAGGAGGAAGGAUGUUAAGCCUUAUCCGGGGACGUGA